AUGGGGGCAGUGGCAAGUGGAAUGCCGCCGCCGAAGCGUCCUGCUCCGGCGGAAAGUCCGACUCUCCCAGACGAAAGAAAUGUCGAUGAACCUGGGAUUCCACUCAAAGAGGCUUUGAAAGAAGCUAAUAAUGCAAAGAUUGCCGUUUUCUAUUCACAUAAUACAUCUGACGAAGAAAAACAAAUUCUGGAAAUCGAAGCAAUUCUGAAGGCUUUGAAAGAUCGUGCAGAUGUUGAAAAACCUCUUGAAAUUCCCGAUGUACAAAGAAUUCGAGUUUCAUCAGCCUCAAAAAAAGCAAUUCAAUAUCUCACUCUUCAUAAUUCAUGGCCAUUGAUUUACAUAAAGGGAAAUGCUGUUGGAGGACUCAAAGAACUUCAAGCUCUAAAGAAAGAUUACUUGAAAGAAUGGCUCCGUGAUCAUACUUACGAUUUGAUUGUCAUCGGAGGAGGAUCAGGAGGCUUGGCUGCAGCAAAAGAAGCUGCACGCUUGGGCAAGAAAGUUGCUUGUUUGGAUUUCGUGAAACCAUCACCACAAGGAACUACAUGGGGAUUAGGAGGAACUUGUGUUAAUGUUGGAUGUAUUCCAAAAAAGUUGAUGCAUCAAGCGAGUUUGUUAGGGCAUUCAAUUCACGACGCUCAGAAAUUCGGAUGGAAGCUAGAAGGAAAGCCGGAACAUCAAUGGAGUCACUUGCGUGAUUCCGUUCAAGAUCACAUCGCUUCGUUGAAUUGGGGGUAUCGAGUACAAUUGAGAGAGAAAACAGUCACCUACAUAAACUCGUAUGGAGAGUUCACCGGGCCUUUCGAAAUUUCUGCUACAAACAAAAAGAAGAAAGUAGAGAAAAUCACCGCUGACAGAUUUUUGAUUGCUACUGGUCUUCGUCCGAAAUAUCCAGACUUUCCCGGUGUAAAAGAGUACACUAUCACCAGUGAUGACUUGUUCCAACUCCCGUAUUCACCAGGGAAAACACUUUGUGUAGGAGCAUCAUAUGUAUCAUUGGAAUGUGCUGGAUUUUUACACGGAUUGGGAUUCGAUGUCACGGUUAUGGUGCGUUCGAUUCUUCUCCGUGGUUUCGAUCAAGACAUGGCUGAGCGUAUUCGCAAACAUAUGAUAGCUUACGGACUGAAAUUUGAAUCAGGAGUUCCCACAAAAAUUGAACAAAUUGAAGAGAAAACUGACGAGAAAGCUGGAAAGUAUCGUGUUUAUUGGCCAAAAAAGAACGAAGAAACUGGAGAAAUGCAGGAAUUUUCUGAAGAAUACAAUACUAUUUUGUAUGCUAUUGGAAGAGAAGCAGUAACUGACGAUGUUGGUCUCGAAACGAUUGGAGUUGAGAGAGCAAAGAGUAAGAAGGUUGUCGGAAGACGCGAACAGUCAACAACGAUUCCGUGGGUGUAUGCGAUUGGAGAUGUAUUGGAAGGUACUCCGGAAUUGACGCCAGUUGCAAUUCAAGCAGGAAGAGUUUUGAUGAGACGUAUCUUCGAAGGAGCUAACGAAUUGACAGAGUACGAUCAAAUUCCAACAACGGUGUUCACUCCACUCGAAUACGGAUGUUGUGGACUUGCAGAAGAAGAUGCUGUCAAAAAAUACGGAAAAGAAAACAUUAUUAUUUAUCACAAUGUUUUUAAUCCACUUGAAUAUACAAUUUCGGAACGAAUGGAUAAGGAUCAUUGCUAUCUCAAAUUGAUCUGCUUGAGAAAUGAAGAGGAAAAAGUUGUUGGUUUCCACAUCCUCACUCCGAAUGCUGGUGAAAUCACUCAAGGAUUUGGUAUCGCUCUGAAAUUAUCUGCAAAGAAAGCGGACUUCGAUCGUCUAAUUGGAAUUCAUCCCACUGUCGCGGAGAGCUUCACCACGUUGACAUUGGAGAAGAAGGAUGGUGACGAGGAAUUACAAGCUUCUGGUUGCUGA